AUGGUCGUCUACUCAUUCUACAUCUUUGAUCGCCAUGCGGAAUGCAUCUACAAGCGCCGUUGGCUUCCACGCCCGACCUCGACCGUGGGGAAGUCCCGGUCUGACACCGUCUCCGGCGCACCGCCAGCGAAUCUCGGCCAGACAGUGCGGUCGACAGACGAUGAUUCAAAGCUGGUAUUUGGCACGGUUUUCUCGCUUCGGAACAUGGUGCGCAAGCUAGGGGGCGAUGAUGACAACUUUCUGUCAUUCACCACCAGCCAGUACAAGCUUCACUACUACGAGACGCCGACGAAUACCAAGUUCGUUAUGUUGACGGAUCUCAAGAGUCCCAGCAUGCGCAUCGCCUUGCAGCAGAUUUAUAUCAACCUUUUUGUGGAAUACGUGGUCAAAAACCCCCUUUCUCCAGCCGAGCAUCCUGGUGGUGUGGGCGUCAACAACGAGUUAUUCGAGGAAUCAUUGGAGCAGUUUGUGGUACGUGCAUUUUAG